AUGGCUUCAUUUCCUGUCUUGAAGCAAGCGACAUUGUUCCAGAAUGGUACCUGGAGCUAUCGAAUUCCAGCCCUGCUCUACCUGCCACGUUUCAGCAUCAUCUUGGCAUUUGCUGAAGAACGAGAGGAUGUGGUGGAUGAACAUGCCAAGCUAAUUGCGAUGCGCAGAGGUGUUUAUGACCCAACCACGCACCAUGUUCAGUGGAAUAGCAUGGAGACCAUUGUCAGUGCACAGCUGAAACACCACCGAUCUAUGAACCCCUGUCCUGUUUAUGAUGAGGUCUCAGGAAAACUGAUCCUGUUCUUCAUAGCUGUCCCAGGAAAAAUCUCUGAGCAGCAUCAGCUCAGGACGAAGAUCAACUUGGUACGUCUCUGCUACGUCACUAGCAUGGACCAAGGAUGCACCUGGAGCACUGCUCAGGAUGUCACCAAUGAUACCAUUAGCACUGAGUACAAGAACUGGGCCACUUUUGCAGUGGGGCCGGGUCAUGGAUUACAGUUGCUCAACGAGGCCCGGAGCCUUGUAAUUCCUGCCUAUGCGUAUCGUAUCUUGGACCCUAAGCAACGCCCCACCCCUCAUGCCUUCUGCUUCCUCAGCUUUGACCACGGGACAACAUGGGAGAUGGGGAACUUCGUGGAGGAGGAGAGUGCAGUGGAGUGCCAGGUAGCAGAGAUACACACCUGUGGCAGGAAGGUCCUCUACUGCAAUGCAAGGAGCAGCAGAGGAGCCAGAAUCCAGGCUGUCAGCUACAACUACGGGGUGGACUUUGAGGAAGGCCAGCGGGUUGAAAUGCUAGUAGAACCUCCCUUUGGAUGUCAUGGAAGUGUUACUGCCUUCCCACCUCCCUCUGAUGUCAGAUGCCAAGAUAGUUGGUUGCUGUACACUCAUCCUACAGACCCAAAGGGUCGAAGAGAUUUAGGAAUUUACCUCAACAAAAGCCCUUUAAAUCCAGCAUGCUGGACAAAACCAAGCAUCCUCUUCAAGGGCCUGUGUGCUUAUUCGGAUCUGCAGUACAUAGGGGUUGGGCCAGAUGGCUCACCCUUGUUCUCCUGCCUCUUUGAAUAUGGGACCCGCCAACAAUGUGAAGAGAUAAUAUUUGUAAUGUUCACUUUGAAGCAAGCAUUUCCAUCAGAGUGCUGA